AUGGCACAGCUUAUCAGACACCAAAAGGAGGACAUAAGAGGGACGUUGUUGAACAGCAGUCCUUACAAGUUAACUCAGGUCUAUACAAACCUACAAUGGACACAAGAGAAAUGGUUUUCCAUGACCCCAGAACAACGCGAAGCCUAUGAGAAUGCGUUUGACAAGAAAUACUUAAAUGAGAAAGAAACAGGCUGUGACAUGGAACAUAAUCAUGAAAUGGCAUCACUGUCAGUGCAAAAGAAGCAAAUUUGACAUGCCAUCCUCUUCAAACAGUCAAACAUGUUUAUAGGAAGCCCAAUCGCUUUUGUCUUAAGAUAAUGCUAUUGUUCCAGCACCAGGAAGCAAUGGCAUGGUGGCCUUCAUGGUGGAAAGCAAAACUUCCGAACAGCCCCACUACGUAUAUUCAGAAAAGAAUGGGAAAGUGACUUGCGAAAACUGCCCAAGAUGGUCGUCUGCCAAACUGUGCAAACAUUCUGUAGCUGUAGCAGAGAAGGUACAAAACUUUGGGAAAUAUCUAGAUUGGUUAAGAUGUCACAACACACCUCAUAACCAGACCACUUUGGUAACUUUUAUUCUGGCAAAGGCAUUGGAAAGAAAAGAAACCAGGCAGCAACAAGCCAAUGAAAGUGUGGACAAAGUG